UCCCAAAUCGCAGCCAUGGUGGUUGCUGUGUCUGGAGCGACGCUGUCGGCCACGGACCAGUGCCUGUUGCUGCUGGGCCGUCCGGGCCGGUUCCAGUGGUUGGUGCUGUUCCUGCUGGCCGUGCUGCAGAGCCAGUGCGCGCUGAACCUGCUGAGCGCGGCGCAGUUGGCGAGACCCGUCAGGCACCGCUGCCGAGCCAGGCCCAAUGCCACCAUCGGAGGCAGCGACCUCUGGCCCGUGGUGCUCGAGGGAGCCGAGAGGAGGUACCACCCGUGCCUGCUGUACCGGGACCCCACCAACCAACGGGCUGGCACACAACCUUGCACCGAUGGCUACGAGUACCUGGCCGUCGACAAGGCGGAGAGCGUCGUCAGCGAGUGGGACCUGGUGUGCGAUCGUUCUUGGCUGGCCGACCUGGUCAGGCUCUACCUGAGGCCGGCGUCUUCCGCGCUGGGAGCUCUGAUCUUCUGCGCGUGCGCCGACCGCGCCGCCUCGGGUCGCAGGACCACGCUGUUCGUGGCGCAGGCGCUGCAGGUGUCGUCGGCCGUGGCCCUGCUCUUCGUUCCGUGCUUCCUCGCCUUCGCGCUCGUCUACGCUCUCCAGGCUGCUUGCUCCACGGUGAGUGAUCCGACAGCCUGA